CCGUGAGGGAGUCACGCAACAGGUGCGACCCCACCAAAACCGCCCUAGCGACGGCGCUCUCCUCCGCAGCCCCAGGCCCAGCCAGAUAGGAAACCCUGGAGGAGAAUCUUAAGGGCUGAAGGAAGCCGCCGAGGAGGAGACGGAUGAAAGAUGGGGAGUGGAGCCAGUGCUGAGGACAAAGAACUGGCCAAGAGGUCCAAAGAGCUAGAAAAGAAGCUGCAGGAGGAUGCUGACAAGGAAGCCAAGACCGUCAAGCUGCUAUUGCUGGGUGCUGGGGAGUCAGGAAAGAGCACUAUCGUCAAACAGAUGAAGAUCAUUCAUCAGGAUGGCUAUUCGCCAGAAGAAUGCCUGGAGUACAAGGCCAUCAUCUAUGGCAAUGUGCUGCAAUCCAUCCUGGCUAUCAUCCGGGCCAUGCCCACACUGGGCAUUGACUAUGCUGAAGCGAGCUGUGUGGAUGAUGGGCGACAACUCAACAAUCUGGCUGACUCCACUGAAGAAGGCACCAUGCCUCCUGAGCUAGUGGAGGUUAUCAGGAAGUUGUGGAAGGAUGGUGGGGUGCAAGCCUGCUUUGACAGAGCUGCAGAGUACCAGCUCAAUGACUCAGCAUCUUACUACCUGAAUCAAUUAGACCGAAUUACAGCCCCUGACUACCUCCCUAAUGAGCAAGAUGUGCUACGAUCCAGAGUCAAAACCACAGGCAUCAUUGAGACUAAGUUUUCCGUCAAGGACUUAAACUUCAGGAUGUUUGAUGUGGGAGGGCAGAGAUCAGAGAGAAAGAAGUGGAUCCACUGCUUUGAGGGAGUCACCUGCAUCAUUUUCUGUGCAGCCCUCAGUGCCUAUGAUAUGGUGCUGGUGGAAGAUGACGAAGUGAAUCGUAUGCAUGAGUCACUGCACCUGUUCAACAGCAUCUGUAACCACAAGUUCUUCGCGGCCACUUCCAUUGUCCUCUUUCUCAACAAGAAGGAUCUCUUUGAGGAAAAAAUCAAGAAAGUCCAUCUCAGCAUUUGCUUUCCAGAGUAUGAUGGGAACAACUCUUAUGAGGAUGCAGGAAAUUAUAUCAAGAGUCAAUUCCUUGACCUCAACAUGAGAAAAGAUGUCAAAGAAAUCUACAGUCACAUGACCUGUGCUACAGAUACACAGAAUGUCAAAUUUGUAUUUGAUGCAGUUACAGAUAUUAUCAUCAAAGAAAAUCUCAAGGACUGCGGACUCUUCUAGUUCUCACCAUUCCUCAAGUAUGUUCUACAAACAGGCUCCGAAUAUCAUUAAUUUUAAGCAGAAAAUUAAGGUCAAUAUAUUAUGAAAAGAAUGAAUCCAUUCUCCCUUGGAGAUGGAGUAUGUAUGAUUGCAGCUGUGUCUCAUUUGUUCUUUUAAAAGCGAGAUAGCUAGCACAGUUUAAAGAAUGCAAGACCAGGAAAUCAGAAGACCCAGGAUCCAUUAUUGGCUCUGCAACUUACUAUUGAUGCAAAAAUGUAAAUAUUUCAUUUGUCUGAGCCUUGAGUCCCUCAUCUAUAAAAUGAAGGUAACUUCUCUACUACUUCACAAGGUUAUUCUAAUGAUCACAAACAUAACUGAAGGAAGGCACAUAAAAACUGUGAGGUGACGCAAAGAAAUCCCAAAUAAAGCUCCCACUAACGAAAUUCAACACCAAGGUUUAGAUGAAUUAUCCCAAACAAAAAAGCAAACUUUCCCUGCUAUCUGCAAAAAAGCCUAAAUUAGUUAAAAACAGAAUUUCAAUAAACCUACCACCCUUUUUUACUAUAAGACCUUUAUGUGCCUUAGCUAAGAGAUCUGAAUCACCAGAUAGAUUUGAGUUUGUGAGCUCUAAGGCACACAUCCCGUUUUUUUUUUUUUCUUUCUUUCCUGUCUUUUUGGCCACAUGGCUUGCCUUGCAGGAUCUUAGUUCCCCAACCAGGGACUGAACCCAGGCCCUGGUCAGAGUCCUAACCACUGGACCACCAGGGAGUUCCCUAAAACGAUUUUCAUUAAAUCAUAUUAUCCCUCUGCUCCCAAACUGCCAGACUGUGUUCCCUAUAUCUCUGUAAGUAUAGGGAUACUUAUCCCUCUAAGUAACUCUCUCAGCUAUGUAAGACACUUUCUAAAUGAACCUGGAGGACAGAACACACUCCCACUAGAGUAUUAAUGACUGUAUUGCUGCUACUUCUCUGUCACAGAAUUUAGAACAAGUGAGCAAUCCUAAAAUCCUCAUUUCAACUGCUACAUGUUUCAGAACAAAAAAGGCAGCUGAUUUUGCUUUAGGCGCUGAAAAUCUUUGCAGUUGGAUCCAUGUGAUGCCUGGCUGAAAACAACAUCUCCCCAAACAGGCCAACAAUUAAAUUAUCCCUUGAACUCCUUUGAGGGGAAACAAAGCUUGUAUUUAUCUUGACAGGAGGUGGUGAAGUCAAGUAUAGAUUUAGCAUUUACAACUACUAGUGAGGAAAGCUCUUGGCAUCUAAGACUUAGUAUAUAAAAGAAAGUGUCAAUUAAAAUGAAAAUCUGCUCCUUGCCAGAAAAACACAUUCACACUUAGGCUACUACUAGCAAUAUUGAUACUAGAAAGCCAUAUGAGCUUGAAAUACACUGAAGAAUAAAUUUGCAGGUGUUAAAAUUGGAUUCAUUUAAUAGUCUUUCGAUUCUUUGAAAAGACACCAACUUGGGAAAAUUACCAGGGAAAUAAGGAAAACUACUGUCUACUGCCGAUUAAAAAACUUAAACCGAAGGAAAAAAAUCUGGGCAAGAUUUCUUGAAUCCAAGCACUGUUCAGGGCCUAUUCUAAAGGGCACACUCUAAUGCUCACUAACCUCUUUGCUUUAACUCAACUUAUAGGGGGUUCCGAGGUGUUUUUUUCUCUUUUCUUCCUUUUGGUAUCAUAAAUCCCUCUAGCAGUCUGAUGAAGCCUAUGGAUCUCUUUCUCAGGAUACUUUAAAAUGCAUAAAACAAAAUUCAGAGAUCUACAAAGGAAACCAACAUACUGAACCAACAACAGUUGUAUCUUUGGAGUUCUGAAGCCCCAGGUUAAGAAUUUUGCUACAGCUAUGAUCUUAGCUAUUCAAGGCCCAAAUGUAGUUUUUCCCAUUUAUUCCACCUUCAAGUAGGGUAACCCCACCUACCCCAAAAUCACGCCAAAUUGUUUGCUUUUCUAAAUUACGUUUUCCUUGAUCUUUGACUCUAGGCAGGAAUUGGUUAUAGGUCAAACAAACUAUGGAAGCCCAACACAGACUCCUUGGUUAUUAAUGUUCAUAUAGAACUUGCCCUACAGUACUACCAUGAAAACAGAGUCAGUGGGACAGGUCUUAUGGUUUAACAAUCUCUAGCAGAAUGAAACACAGUUAUAUUUUAGUUUUCUUCUGCUCUGGUAGACACCUCAACUUUUAACUGGUUUAUAAACAAAUUCCCAAAAGCCAAAAGAUGCCCUAUAUUCACUUUGCAGAAAGGUUAUCUUGGAGGCUGGAUAGGGAAGUAGCAGUACUUAAAAGCAACACUUCUACAGCUGCUUUACUCAGGUUAGAAUCUGGUUAUUCAUCUCAUAAUGCUUUCAAGCUAAAACUCUUCUGGUGAGUUUACACAGAAUAAAAAUUGGGGGCCUUGGUCAUCCACUCAUCUGUUCCUUAAAACAAAGUCAAAAUAAUUUCCUAAAGCUCUUAGCAACCACCAGGCUCUUCUCUGAGUAAAGGAAAGAGGACUUGACUUUAAAUGUUCUGGGUAGGCUUCCAAAAAGCAUGUUAAUCCUUACUGCAGCUUAAUUGUUUGUCAGACCCAGAGAUGAUUCCUAAACCUUACACUAUUAGAGACAACUACAUUGGUACUUCUCCUAUCCUACUGGCUUAUUUUUAUCUCAUGGACAUUUUGAUUGUGUCCAUGAAAAGUUCUCUUUGCAUAAAACAGCAGCUAGAAAGCUUAAAACCAAAAUUAUGCCAAAUACUCUGCUGUCUAUGUCUUCUUUUGCUCCGUUUUAAAUUUACAUUAUACUGUUGAAUUUUAUGUCAUCACAAAUUCUUUUCUGUAACAAGAUAGGUUAGAAACUAAUACUCAACCCUGUUUUCAUACACUGCAACCUUAAUGCUUAGGAUGAUAAAGCUAUUCCAGGUCCACCACUAGCAAUUUAUAGAUAAGAAACUGAGGCCAAGGGAGGUAGAGUGUCUUCAUCAAGAUCACACCUGCUGGGAAGUAACAGAACUUGAACUCCAAAAUAGGUCUUCUGAAUCCAAAGCCAGUAGUUUGUCUAUCUGCACAAUACCAACAGUCCACUAAACACCGUAAUGUCAAAGUCAAUUUUCUCAUUCACCUAAGCUCCUUCUAGUCCCAAACAAGUCCUUUUAUUAGCAUAGAAUAAAAAAAUAUAUAAAUAGCUUUGUUUGCUGAAGGUAUAAUUUCCUGUUCUGUUCUUAAGAGGGCAGAGACCAUGUUUUCCUUUAAUUGCGUGAUUAGACAUUGAUGAAAGUAAGCCAAAUGUAAAUUAAGUUCCAUUUCAUAUCAAUCUGAUGACAGUUGCUUUUUUUCUUACAAAAAUAUGACACAUAAGGACAAACAAUAUGAUUUCACUUAGAUCAAGAAUCUAAAGUAGUCAAAUUUAUAAAGACAGAAAGUAGAAUGGAAGUGAAGAGUUAUGAUUUAAUGGGUACAGUUUCAGUUUGGGAAGAUGAAAAAAGUUCUGGAGAUGGACGGUGGUGAUACUGCAUAAAAACAUGAAUGUACCUAAUACUACUGAACUAUAUACUUAAACAUAGUUAAAAUGGCAAAUUUUAUGUUAUGUACAUUUUACUACAAUUAAAAAAAAUAGAAAAAAUAUAACUGGAAAUGUGCUUUUAUGUUUCUGUCAAUUAAAAGAUGGAUAAAAUGAGCACAAAAAUUCAGUAUAAGAACCAUAUAAAGACACAUUUACUCAAAAUAGUUCCUACUCUGAUAAAAAAAAUUCACGCACAUGUACCCCAAAUAGUCAAAAUCUGGGUGGCCCCAUCCCCAAGGUGAAAAAUAAGAACCUUCAAAAACCAUGCUAUACUUGGAGAUGUGCCGUAGACCAAAGUGUGCUGGCCCUGCUGGGUGGAGAAGGUGGUGAAGGGUGAAGAGCUCUUACCUCCCACUGCCCUCUCUACCCGGCACAGCCCCCGGAGCACAGAUUCCAGCAAGACUUCAGUGUUGGGCCAGGGACUGCAAGUGUGCCAAGCCUCUGGUGAUCCUGCUAGGCAGAAGUGUGAAGACAUCUCUGUGAGGUCAAACAGAUAAACUGCAAAUUGUAGGAACUUUUCUGCCCUUUGGUCAUGGAAAAGCAAACACUGGUUUGAACAGGAAAUAAAGAACUGGAUUUAAAUGCAAAAUUUUUACAGACCUUUUCACCCGGCUUCACAAAAUAAAAUUUGCAGUUGAAUUUGUAGUAAUUUAGUUCAGUUUAGGUUUUUGAAAUGGGUAGGGAAAAGUGAUUAUGAGAAAAGACAACCGGCAACAAUGAGCAACAUUUGUAGGUAUUGUCUCAAGACUUACUUUUUUUUGGAGUAUAAUUUCGAAUAUCAUAAAGAAUAUUUAUGAAACAUUUCUAAUGUUAUUUCUAUUUGAUCAGAACUAUAGUGUAUCAGAACUGGAAGGAGUACUUUAGUCUGUCUUUAGAUGAGGGAUAUAGACUGAAAGAUUUCAUAGCUAGCAGGAAGCAGGGAAAAGACCAGAACCCAGCACAUCAAGCAACUCUCCAACCUCGUAAAAGAACCCUUCAUUCUAUGUAAGCAAAGGUGAACAGUUAGAAAAAACAGGUUAUUUCUUGUAAUUUGUUAUGUCCACUGGGAUCCUCUUACAUAUAAACAAGCCUCUUGAUAAAAAUGUUUGGAUAACCCAAAGGAAUAUGGCUGGGGGGUGGGGGUAAGAUAGGGUAUCUGUACAACCAGGGUGUACAGAAUUUAAUAUUCCAGCUGUACAUGAUCUUACAGCUAAUGCUAACACAUUGAGACAGUGUACCCCAUAAAUAUAUUUACUAAUAUUUGAUUAUCUCUCCUACCAUGUUGAUUCCCACUAGAUUUCAGGAAGGGAAAACAUAUACCCCUGGGCAUACAGAGAUAUAUAUUUAACUCCUCAAUCAUUCAUUCCCCUUACCUACCUCAUCCCCAACAGACUUUCAUUCUAUAGCUAGUUUUGUUUUUUAUCUACCAACUGUGAAUGGAUAUUCAUGUUAUUAUAGUUAUCUUUGUUACAGGAUUUUAUCUUUACUUCUGUGUAUCUAUUUUCACUGAAAAUAAAUGGAGUGAAAUAAAUGAAAUAAAUGUUUAGAAACCCCAAGUUUCUUGUUUUGUCUAACUUUUGUAUAAAAACUAAAUACUCUUAUCCAAAAUGCAGUAAUGUUCUUUGGCUAAACAUUCCUCCAACUAACUUUUUGGGUGAAAGGCACUCUAAGUUAUGUACAAAAGGUGCUUUGUACUUACUGCAAAUAAAAAAUAACUCAAGUCUUUCACUAGUGACUUAGAGGUUGUUUACUAUUCUUGUUGAUCUUUAAUAUGAGGUCUAUUCAGUUGUCCCCAGGAUGUUGACCCAGGUUAGUCACAUCAGAACCACCUGAGGGAUUUACUUGAAAAAUACAUAUUCCCUGGACCUGAUUUGGACAUUUUAAUUGAGUCGAGGUUAGCCAAAGAAUCUCUAUGUUAAUCUUGCACCACAGGUAUCUGCUGCUGUAUAAUAUUCCAUAUUAUCUCUUAUUCCUGAGAAGACUUGAGUAAAGCCAGGUGCAGGCCUGACAUAGUAUCAGAAAAUAACUGUCCUGCCCUGAUUUGUUCUGAAAUAUGCUCUCCUCAGCAGAAGUAAUUCAUAAAAGAUUGUGAGAAAACUGGAGGGUGGGUGGUGAGGGGGAAUGGGGAUUCAAAACCUAAACAAGGGUAAAGGAACAAGGAUCCUGACCAUCCUGGAAGUCUGUUCUUCAGUAUGCCUCACUUAAAUUAAAUCUUUUACUUUCUGAUAGUUGAUAGCAAAAGGUAUCUAAGUUUCAGGUCUCUAAGCAGCUUGGUUUUCUUUUGUGUUUGGACAGUCAUAAGUUUACAAGGAGACCUGUGGCUGGUUCAGGUCAGAUCUCUGAUUUGUACUUUGAAGCCUAAACUGGAAGAAGAAAAUUACCUGGCAGUACAGGGAAACUGAGAUAGUUUUAUUCUUAAAGUCAGUAUCACAUAUGAAAGAUCUCACAGGGAAUCAGUAAAAGGAAUCAGUACUAUUAAUAUUUUAGGUUUGUAUCAAUGAGUACGGGGCCACUGUUUUUUGAACAGCUAAAAGAAAAAAAAAAUCAUUCAAAGGCAGCUUUUUGACUGACAGAGAGACGAACUUCCCCUUGUAUGUAACUGCCAAUACAGCAAGGAGCUCUACAAUAGGAAAUGCCAGAACUAUGCUAAGCAAAUGGAUAAAUAUAAAAAAGUAACUAACCAGAUCAGGCCAUCAAGGUCCAAACAAAGUUAUAGCUACAAAUCAGAGAGAACGGCCACACAUCAGUGGCCAGAAUGUAAGAAUAUAAGGUGAGCAAAUAAAUUAGAAGAACCAGCAGUUAUUUUUAAAUACUCCAAAAUGUGUAUAUAAUAAAACACAAAUAGAAUACAUAAGAGAAUAAAAACUAAACAAGGCAAGGAAACAGGUUUUUAAAAUGUGGUCCAUCUAUUCUUCGAAAGCAGCACCUUGUGAAAAGUCACAACCUGUCAGGUACAAUGCACUGAACUAGAGGUCUAGAGUCAAACCAUCCAAGACAAAAAUGAUACUUCAAGAUCCACUUAUGAAUAACUCUAACAGUUCUUAGAAUUGUCAUGCCAGGAGGUGAAUCUGUUGAAAAGCUGAAAUUGUAAGGUGAUUUAUUCCCUAAGACUGACCAUUAAGGAGCAGAAUUCUUCCUCUUUACAUAGGAGCGUAACAGAUGGCAAUUUUACACCCCAGAGUUUUAAUCAGGGGGCUAAGAUGUGACUGUCAACAAAAUAAAGCUGCUGUUACAGUCCUUCCUGCUAACGGCUAUUUAUUGUUAUUUAAUUUUUAAAUUUUCUUAGAUGUGCUGAUUUCUUAGAUGGUCCAAAGCCUGGCCAACUAAAUUCUGAAACAUGAUACAUCAAAAAUUUUCAGUAUUCUCCACCAAAAAGAUACAGGCAAUUUUUCAUUUCUUUGAUUACAAAUAUCAAUUCUUUUUCUCCAAGCUAGUAGAUAUGAUGUGUCACCCCACAUUUUGGCUCUGCUAUAAGAAAAGAUCUUUUAAUUCAAAACACAAUAGUGGUUUGUAAGGCAGACCAUCAGAUUCAUCAGAUCAAAAUCACCUUUUUAAAAUUAUAGACUGCUAGCCCACCAGCCAAGAGUCAAUCUCUGAGAUGGAUCCAGGUGAUUUUGACUGAAGGCAUAUUUGAAAACCACAGACUGAAACUGUGCCCUCAACGAAUGUGCAUUUUGAUAAAUUAUUUGGGAUGGAGGGGUAAGAGGUGAUCCUCACAAAUGUAGGACAAAUGUAAAUGGUGUAAAGUCAAAAAAGUAGAGAAUUACUAUUUUCAUUAAUGAAAAAGCUAAAAAAUUAACACAUCAGAUAGACAUAUUCAAAUGAAAAUACAAAAUGCAUUUCAAGUUAAAUUAACUUUUUUGGAUUAUCUCUUGUUUUGGGUUAUCAACAACACUAUCCCACUAGCCCAGACUAUAGAAAAACUACAGUUAAAGUAACAUUCUACCAGUUCUCAUUUCCAAAUGAUUCUACAUCACAGAAUACAAUAAGGAAAAGAUAUAUUCAAAAUGAACAAGAACGAUCCCUUAUUUACACUGUGAGCAUAAGUCAAUCACCAAUUGAAGCUGAUAAUUUUCUUUCUUUUAGACCCAGUUUUGCCAGUUAUAAAAAAAAAAAAGUUGUUAGAUAAUAGUUAUACCACCUGCAGAGUUAUAAUUUUCCCAAGAAAGCAAAAAGAAAAAAACCUACCAAUAAAGGCACUGAACUGCUGUGGCUCACUUUCUGAACCAGCUUUGAUGACCACCAACCUUUUUUUAAAACUACUGAAAGGUCACAUCAAAAGAUGAAAUAGAAUCCAAUCCAAAAAGACUGGACCCCAAAAGGCACUACUCAAAUUACUGAUUUGGAAUGCUCAAACUGCAUUUUCUUCAUCUGCCUUCCCCUAAUGGACCAUUCAAUAUUUAAUGACAUUUGCAGUACACUGCACAAAAGGACCUGCAGGCUGACGUGAAAAGAGCUCUUCACAAAACCAAAAUGUAAAUCUGGAAAAUGGGUUUUGACUGUGCAUCACUUAUACAGAUAUGACAUAACAACCUCAGUCAGGCCAAGACUCAACAAUACUUAUACAUCAAAAGACUUAAGACCUUCAGAGAACCCUUCUACCUAAACCCAUUCUCAGACAAAGGCCUAAGCACACAGCAGGGGCAAAAAACAGCAGAAGAAAAUAUUUUCAGAAAGGACUAAUUACAAACAGGAACAAACCUGGACUCUUUACUCACCAUUUUAAUACUGCUGUCAACUAUAACAGAUUAAAAAUCUGUACACACGACAAAGUAGAAAAAAGUCCCCAAAUCCACAGUUUCAGCAAAACAAGGUACUGACUAAAGAUUACUACAAUCAACAUUGCUACAGUAAAAAAAACAAUGGCAAAUAGGGAUUUGGCACCACAUUUACAAAGUAAAAGCAUGCACUUUUAAUAUACUUCAGAUGUUUCUCAACAGAAAAGGCCAAUGGAAGAUGGAAAACAUGGGGCAUCUUUUACAGAACUCCCUAUGACUGAGACAAACAAGCAAGAAUCAAAGUGAUCAAUUUAGCAGAUAUGUAGCAGCAAAGUCACUGGUUCUGUUUGGAAUUUAGCAAUAUACUUUUCUAACUGACAGCUGCCCUGGGUGUGUCUGUAUCCAAGAAGCUGACUUUAUCAUACUACAUCAGCAUUUAUCUCGUAAUUUGGUGAUAAGCAUAAACUAGGUUAACCUUCAACCACAAGCUUAAAAAAAAAGAGAGAGCUAGAAUCUUAUUAUAGACUUCUUCAAUGUAACUGCCAUUUAGAAACCAUAAUGGUACUCUGAGCAGGAUAGUAACAUAAAUUUCAACCAAAAAACCUAUAAUUAGAGCCCAAAUAACUGAAAAGAAUUAAGUUAUUAUGGAAAUAUUAUAUUCUGACCAUACCUAGAGUUAAAAACAAAGUGUUCCUACUAAGAGGAAUAUUUUCAAGAUGAUCUGGUCACAUCAUGUGCAUAGUUAAGAUUGUGUUUUAAUAAAGGUUCUUUCACAAAAAAAUAAAAUUCAGUGAAGUUAUUCUUCCCUUAAUGAAAAAAAAAAAA